AUGGCGAACACAGCACACUUGAUGAGGCGGCAGAGUUCUCGAGAUUUGUACGCGCAGCGUUCGUUAGACAGAAUGGAAAUGAAGGAAUUGAGAGGUCGCUUGGUGACCAUGGAGAAUGGUCACCCCAUACACCGUACUCAUGUUAUGUACGGCGCUACAAACCAGGCGUUUGAAGAUACUAGUCCUAACAGGCGUUCGUCUGAAACGCCAACGAGUAAAGCUAGUUCUGGCGACGAUCGAGGCGAACUCAAGCCAGAGGGUGUCGAAAUCGAACGUGAAUCUUGGGAUAGCAAGUUGACUUUCCUCCUUGCAACCGUCGGUUACGCGGUCGGAUUAGGUAACGUUUGGAGAUUUCCAUACUUAGCGCAAAAAAAUGGGGGUGGAGCGUUUUUGAUCCCAUACUUUGUGAUGUUGGCAAUUGAGGGAAUACCAAUAUUUUAUCUAGAACUGGCGAUCGGUCAACGUUUGAGGAAGGGUGCUAUCGGUGUCUGGCACCAGGUGUCUCCAUAUUUGGGUGGCAUCGGUAUCAGCUCAGCAGUUGUGUCAUUCAACGUGGCUCUCUACUACAAUUCUAUAAUAGCCUGGUGUUUGUUCUACUUCGCGCAGAGUUUCCAAGCCGAGCUGCCCUGGUCGGAAUGUCCUAAAAAGUAUUUCAGCAAUGGAUCUUAUACAACAGAUCCGGAAUGUGCUGUAAGCGGUCCCACUCAAUAUUUCUGGUACAGAACUACGCUCCAGAUUUCGGAAGAUAUCAACUAUCCUGAGACUUUUAACUAUAAAAUAGCGUUGGCUCUGAUCAUCGCUUGGAUACUGGUCUACAUGUGCAUGAUAAAAGGCAUAGCUUCAUCUGGAAAGGUCGUCUAUGUCACCGCAACAUUCCCUUAUAUUGUUCUUGUGAUAUUUUUCUUUAGAGGUAUCACAUUGAAGGGGAUGGGCGAUGGAUUAAUACAUCUAUUUACUCCCAAAUGGCAUAAGAUAUUAGACCCAGUUGUUUGGCUCGAGGCUGGCACGCAGAUCUUCUUUUCCCUCGGUUUGGCCUUUGGUGGACUUAUCGCCUUCAGCUCUUAUAACCCAGUUGACAAUAAUUGCUACAGAGAUGCAAUUAUGGUGUCUAUGACGAACUGUUUAACGUCCAUGUUCGCUGGUAUUGUGGUAUUUUCAAUUAUCGGAUUUAAAGCUACAAUGGUCUAUGAAAAAUGUUUGAAAUUAAGAAAUGAGACUCUACUUGAUGUAUUUGGACCAGCUUAUAAGUCCAUGGUGUUUCCCGAGGCUGGACAGAGCGUUUCAGUUGAUUUAAAUGGAAAUCUAACGAACUUAGUAAUGCCGAAUCUACCAGAAUGUGACCUGCAAAAGGAGCUUGAUAAUACGGCGUCAGGUACGGGUUUAGCGUUUAUAAUAUUCACGGAAGCCAUCAACCAAUUUCCUGGCGCUCAAUUUUGGUCAGUUCUAUUCUUCUUAAUGCUGUUUACCCUCGGAAUUGACUCGCAGUUUGGAACCUUGGAAGGAGUCGUAACUUCAAUUGUGGACAUGAAGUUAUUCCCAAAUCUUCGUAAGGAGUACCUUACCGGAGGAUUAUGUCUUAUCUGCUGCUUAUUAUCAAUGGGAUUUGCUCAUGGCGCAGGAAGCUACAUAUUCCUACUGUUUGACAUGUACAGUGGCAACUUUCCACUCCUCAUCAUAGCCUUCUUCGAGUGUGUGGGAAUUGCUUAUGUGUAUGGAGUUAAAAGAUUUGCUGACGACAUUGAGCUGAUGACGGGUCAGCGACCUGGAAUAUACUGGAUGAUUUGCUGGAAAUAUCUUUCUCCUUUGGCGAUGCUGUCCAUCCUCGUAUCCUCGUUCGUGGAGCUGGCUAUGGAAGGCUCAGCGUACGACGCUUGGGUCGGCUCUGAAGGAGACACGGUCAGAAAGCCCUGGCCGAUAUGGGCAAUACUGUUGGUACUUGUUCUCAUAUUGGCUUCUGUACUGUGGAUUCCUGGAUUGGCAAUAUGCAGGUAUUUUGGAAUACCAAUAAUAGAUGACGAAGAACGCGCUUGGUUCCCUGCUGAAGAUUUACGCGACUUCCACGGCAUAGAACCUAGACCAGUCUCCACUAUCGAGACUUUGCUAUUCUGCACCAGACCAGAUGGCACUGAAGGGUGCUGCUGGCCAGGAUGUUGUGAGACAGAUGACGAGGAGUAA